UUCUCAGAUCUCGCGAGACUUUCGCGGAAGUCUCGCGAGACGUAGACGCCGGCGGAGAGGAGGGAGAUCCGAGCGUCGGCUGCUGCGCCGGACUGCUCGGCUGAGAAACGUGGCCAUGGAAGACCUGGGGGAGAACACCACAGUCCUGUCCACCUUGAGGUCUCUGAACAGCUUCAUUUCUCAGCGAGUGGAGGGAGGUUCAGGCCUGGACGUGUCCACCUCCGCCCCAGGGUCCCUGCAGCUGCAGUAUGAGAAGAACAUGCAGCUGGAGGAAAGAGCACAGCAGAUCCGCUCGAAGUCCUACCUCAUCCAAGUGGAGCGGGAGAAGAUGCAGAUGGAGCUCAGCCACAAGAGGGCUCGAGUGGAGCUGGAGCGAGCUGCCAACACCAGCGCCAGGAACUACGAGCGUGAGGUAGAUCGUAACCAGGAGCUCCUGGCACGCAUUCGACAACUCCAGGAGCGUGAGGCUGCGGCGGAAGAGAAGAUGCGGGAGCAGCUGGAGUGCCACAGGCUGUGCAAGCAGAACCUGGAUGCUACUAGCCAGCAGCUUCGGGAACUGGAGGAUGACCUAGCUGCAGCCAGGGAGAGGAUUAGUUCCUUGAAGGCGCGUGUCUCUGAGCUGCAGUUAAGUGCGAUGGACCAGAAGGUGCAGGUGAAGCGCCUGGAGUCUGAGAAGCAGGAACUGAAGGAGCAGCUGGACCUGCAGCAGCGGAAAUGUCAGGAGGCAAAUCAGAAGAUCCAGGAGCUUCAGGCCAGUCAAGAAGAGAGAACUGACCAGGAACAGAAGAUUAAGGACCUGGAGCAGAAGCUGUGCCUGCAAGAGCAAGACGCAGCCGUGGUGAAGAGCAUGAAGUCUGAGCUGCUGCGUCUGCCCAAGAUAGAGCGCGAGCUGAAGAGGCUGCGUGAGGAGAACACCCAUCUGAGGGAGAUGAAGGAGACCAACGGGCUGCUCACAGAAGAGCUGGAAGGUCUGCAGAGGAAGCUGGGCCGUCAGGAGAAGAUGCAGGAAGCUCUGGUUGACCUGGAGUUGGAGAAGGAGAAGCUGCUUGCAAAGCUGCAGAGCUGGGAGAAACUGGACCAGACCAUGGGCUUGAAUCUCAGGACUCCAGAGGACCUUUCCAGGUUCGUGGUUGAGCUGCAGCAGCGAGAGCUCUCCCUGAAGGAGAAGAAUAAUGCCAUCACCAGCAGUGCCCGGAGUCUGGAGAAGGCCCAGCAGCAGCUCCAGGAUGAGGUCCGGCAGGUCAGUGCACAGCUGCUGGAGGAGAGGAAGAAGAGGGAGACACAUGAGGCACUGGCCCGAAGGCUUCAGAAGCGCAAUGUGCUGUUGACCAAGGAGCGAGAUGGCAUGCGUGCCAUCCUGGGAUCCUAUGACAGUGAGCUGACCCAGGCCGAGUACUCAGCCCAGCUGACACAGCGCAUGUGGGAGGCCGAGGACAUGGUUCAGAAGGUGCAUGCCCACAGCUCGGAGAUGGAGGCUCAGCUGUCUCAGGCCCUGGAGGACCUUGGGGUUCAGAAGCAGAGAGCCGACACGCUGGAGAUGGAGCUGAAGAUGCUGAGGGCCCAGACAAGCUCAACUGAGACCAGCUUCCCAUUCUGCAAGGAGGAGGUGGAUGCACUCAGGUUGAAGGUGGAGGAGCUGGAAAGUGAGCGGAGUCGCCUGGAACAGGAAAAGCAGGCGCUGGAGAUGCAGAUGGAGAGGCUUACCCUACAGGGUGACUACAACCAGAGUCGAACCAAAGUGCUCCACAUGAGCUUGAACCCAACCAGCAUGGCCAGACAGCGUCAGCGUGAGGACCAUGACCGGUUGCAGGGGGAGUGCGAGCGACUUCGGGGACUCGUGCAUGCCCUGGAGAGAGGGGGCCCCAUCCCUGCUGAUCUGGAGGCUGCCUCAAGCCUACCCUCAUCUAAGGAGGUGGCAGAGCUGCGGAAGCAAGUAGAAAGUGCCGAGCUGAAGAACCAGCGGCUCAAGGAGGUUUUCCAGACCAAGAUCCAGGAGUUCCGCAAGGUUUGCUACACGCUGACUGGCUACCAGAUCGACGUGACCACUGAGAGCCAGUACCGCCUCACCUCCCAGUAUGCUGAGCACCAGUCCGACUGCCUCAUCUUCAAGGCCACAGGACCCUCGGGCUCCAAGAUGCAGCUGCUGGAGACGGAGUUCUCCCGCUCGGUGCCUGAGCUCAUUGAGCUGCACCUGCUGCAGCAGGACAGCAUCCCUGCCUUCCUGAGCGCCCUCACCAUCGAGCUGUUCAGCCGCCAGACCUCCAUCUAGCCUCUGCCUGUGGGCCUCCUCACUCUGCAGCCACUGGACCUCGGCCUACACCCCACACUGUCCCCAGACCCCCUUGCCACCAUAGCUGCAUCAUGCCACAAAAAGCAGCCAUAGUCUCUGCUUCAGCAGCCACUCCGCCUCUUGUCCCUAGCCAGCAGGAGCAGCUGCUGGGGAUACCCAAGCCAGAUCACACCCCAUUGCUCUCCUCUCUUGCCCCAAGCACUGGGCUUCUCCUCCUCUUCCUCCUGUUCUGGGGCUCUCCCUGCACUGUCCCAAGGUGUCCCCACACCAGCCUCCAGUCACACGUGCUGGUUGCUUGGGCCACUUUGGUGGCCAGGCUGUGGCCUGAAACCGUAUGAAAUAAAGUUUUAUUCUUUA